CGAGACUCAGCCUCAGGUCCUCCUUACAUCUGUAGAUAUCUGGAUUCAAUGGCGAUCGAUUCGAUAUUGUCUUUACCUCUCGAAAUCAUGGUGGCAAUACUGACCGAGCUCGACUAUCCAGAUAUUCUUGUCUGUAGCAGGGUCUGCAGAUACUUGAACACAGUCGUGAAAGAUUCUUUCGAACUCCAAUACAAGAUUGAACUCGGUUUUGAUCAAUUAAUCGACAUACCCUCUUCGAGGUCAUUGUUCACCACUGCAGACCGGCUUCAGCUUCUCAGGGAACGUCGAAAGGCAUGGCGCGAUCUUACCUGGUCAAAACAUCGUAUGAUCAAGAUGAGCGGUCUAUGCGACGCAUACGAGCUUGUUGGUGGUAUCUUUGCGAAAACCGAACGUAGAGGAACGCGCGCCCCAAAGCACUUCACAGCGUCCAUACUCCCGUCACGCACUCAGCCCAUCGAACAUCGCUUCGAACACAAAGACCUCGGAGUCGCGACGAAGGACUUUGCGAUUGACCCCUCUCAAAACUUACUCGCGCUGCUCGAGUUCCACGAUUUCGGACCGUUCUGGGGUGGCUCGAGUACGUCCGCGGAUGGUGACAUGAGGAUACAUAUGAGGACGUUAUUGACGAACGAGAGGCAUCCCGAGGCGAAGCAGCCAUUUCUCUACCAUCGAGGGGUCAGUAAUUCGCCGACAGCGAACGCAACACUGCAAAUCAUCGACGAUAUCGUUGGCGUCUUCACGAUGAGUCCAACACCGACGGUCCUCAUUUGGAGUUGGAGGUCUGGCGAGAAACUAGUGGAAUGUCGCAGUUUGCCAUACGCGCAAGACGUUGCUUUUGUCUCACCUCGCGCAUUCUGUAUCAGCACCAUACAACGCGGUGGCGAGAUGUACCUCUACAAGUUCUCCGAUACUCCACUUUCCAAAAUCACCGACGCUUCCCCAUCCUAUAUCUCAGAGGCCCAUCGUGGCCUCGAGCAUGUUGCCACACUCCGCUUACCGCCGCUCGCACACGACGCCCGCCUUGACCAUCUAAGUACCCACACCGGCCCCUUCGUCGCACACCCCGGCCGUUUCCUCUCACCCCCGAACUCCGAGUAUGAGUGGGAACCGUUCUAUACAGCACCGGAGUCGCGGGUCCAUGUAUUGACGGCCGACGUGGCACACCAGUCGUUCGCCGCGCUGUAUAGGCUGGUGAUACAUAACAGGAUAUUCGAGAGGAUCCUCAGAGAGGACCGACAGGGCGUAUACAGGACGACGGCGACAUGGAACUGGGAAGAAUGGGGUCCCGAGCACACACGAUUAUUUGUGGCCGUGGAAAGUUACAGAUGGCUGAGAUACGUCCAUGGUUCAAGAGUCGUGUUCCCUCUUCGUCGAUCUCCACCAUCCAGCUCCCGCAGAAUGCUCAAAGUACUAGACUUCAAUGUACAUCUCCCUGCAGACCCAAAAACCUCUGCGCCACCCCCUAAUGAGGCAGCACAUUCGAUGUAUCAAGAUGCUCCUGCCACGCUUGCGCCUUAUAUCGCGCCUGUGCCUUUGGAGGCCCCGGAGGAUGACUCUCCCACCACCUCCCCACUCGCCUACCUUCUCGGACUCCCUGUCUUCCCUGGGGGUCCGCCCAUUGGUUUGGCUUCACAGGGUUUCGCUACAGCGUCCUCUGUUCCAAUUAGCUCUACGUCACACCCUCCCGACUCUACACCACAUCCUCCUCACAAUACCUCACACCUUCCCAGCUCUUCCGCGCCCUCUACUCUUCUAUCCCCUCCCGAUCCCCCUUCCGCGACAUUGGGCUCCUCUCAUAUGUUCCGCCACGCGAAAGCCCCCGGGAGACUCGUGAUGGAUUCAGAUCCAGUGAAGGACGAGAUAUUUGCGGGCCCAGUGGUGAGUAAGCUGCCGUAUUGGGUGAGCGCGGAGCUAUGGGACUCGCAUGAGCAUGCAGGGUUUAUGGUCGAUGACCGGAGGUUGAUUGGGAUGGAGGUGGACCCCAGUUGGGAUGAGAAUAUUGGGGAUCUGAGUUUGCUUUGUUUCUGAAGAGAUAUAGCCAACGGCGGCGAGGGUGAUAGUAUGUUCGAAACUAUUGUACCUCGAGUUUCUGUGUUACAGCCUAUAUUUAAGAUAGUGGAAGCUACCCUUCUCAAUGGACCGUAUCUGCGAGUGAAUUUUUGACCUCGCUAAAGCUCGCUAAGGCCCAACGGGACACGACGAUUGGUCCGAUCACAGUUUUAAAGCCGUUUUAAACGGUUGCAGGCUACCCUUCUCAAUUCUUCAUAUGUAUGAUUCAAGCUAGCGCAGCAGAGCUUCAAUUUGUUCUGCGUUCAGUGUGUUUAUCAGCUGUUCUCGCGCCACAAU